AAAUCUUAUUGAAGGUUUCCAAUUUUCUGAGUUUGUUUGCAAUCACUGAAGAAAGAAAAAUUCAGAUGAAGAAGUUAGCGAGAAAAUGGCGGAGAACUCGUCGCGAAGAAGAUGAUGAUAAGUUCGUCCUUCCUACUUCUGACGACGUCGAUUCUCGUCCUAUCGAUACGCAAGAGCAAGAGGAGUACGUUAGGUCGCUCGAGGAAGCUCACGCUCAGCAAAGUCGGCAGUGGAGGAGUGUGUUCGUGGUUCUUCUGAUCUGUUAUGGAGCUUUCCUUUUCUACUCCAUCUUCCAGCAGUUCGUUUCACCAUGGGAAUUGCGGUAUCAUGCCUACUUCAUGGAAGAUCUCAAGUCAUGGAUGGUCAUUUCAGCUGAGUGGAUCGCUAUCAUGGCGUGCUGUCUCUCCAUUGUCGGGCUACGAGAUAAGAAGAAUGAUCAUAGACGAUGGUUCUGGUACUCAUCUGUUGUUGGAUCUGCAUUGACCAUCUUUUGGCUUUACUACUUGCUGAGGCUUCCGAAGUUCCGGUGGGAUGCUAUAUGGCUUCCGUUUGGACCUCUUUGCGGAGCUGGAACUUGUCUAUACGUGGAUCAUUUACUGGAGGAAUCAUCUGAAGAAGUGAAAAAACUAAGGAACUAUAUGUACGCAUAUAAAUCAAGGUAGAGAUCAAAUGCCAUCCCAAUACUCUUUGGCGUAACUCUGUGAUAGCCAGUGUGCAAGUUUUGACUCUAUCAUCCCCUAAAGAGCUUUCUUUUUAUGCUGUAAAUAGAAUCGAGACUUUCAACUUCUGCAUGAACAGCUAUAAGAUUCAUUUUGUAUAAAAGAAAACUCAUGAUUAACU